GUGAGGCAGAAGGAAGGGUCAUUCCUGUUGCUCCUCGGAUCCGGACAGCAGCUGACCGUCCGGUGUUGAAGGGCGAAGGUAUGUGUGUCUGCGCGUGUGUGUGCGUGGAAGAGCCGCUGUGUUGUGCGUGUGACAGAGACCGCAGAGAGCCUCUCACAACUUCCAGCAGCGUCCUCCCUGCGCCGCUGCGCUGCGCCCUGCCGCCGCUGCCGCGUCUCUCCAAGUGUUUCUCCGGGACGCAGGCGGCUGGCGCGGUGAGAUGUGAAGCAGCCUGAAGUAUGGCAUGCAAGGAUGCUGUCCGCAAAGAAGAAGGAGAUGGUGACAGCGACGCGACCCGCGCUUAUUCGGACCCUGAUCUACUUUUUCUGGUUGACGACUUGUGUGAAAAACAUCUCCGGACAAACAAGGAAGGAUGAGAGGAUCUACCCGGAGAAUUUUACUCGGAUAUUGGACCGACUUUUGGAUGGAUAUGACAACAGGCUGCGACCUGGAUUUGGUGGUCCUGUGACGGAGGUGAAGACUGACAUUUAUGUCACAAGUUUUGGGCCGGUCUCAGAUGUGGAAAUGGAAUACACCAUGGAUGUAUUCUUUCGGCAGACGUGGGUAGAUCGGAGAUUGAUGUACGAGGGCCCAAUAGAGAUACUGAGACUUAACAACCUGAUGGUGACCAAGGUCUGGACACCGGACACGUUUUUCAGGAAUGGGAAGAGGUCAGUUGCCCACAACAUGACAGCCCCCAACAAGCUCUUCCGCAUUAUGAAGAACGGGACCAUUCUUUACACCAUGAGGUUGACCAUUAUUGCUGAGUGUCCCAUGAAGCUGGUGGAUUUCCCAAUGGACGGACAUGCCUGCCCUCUCAAGUUUGGAAGCUAUGCCUAUCCUAAAACAGAGAUGAUCUACACUUGGACCAAAGGGCCUCAGCAUUCAGUGGAGGUCCCCCCUGAGUCCUCCAGCCUCGUUCAGUAUGAUCUGAUCGGCCAGACGGUUUCCAGCGAGACCAUUAAAUCCAUCACAGGUGAAUAUGUGGUGAUGACCGUCUACUUCCACUUGAAACGGAAAAUGGGCUACUUCAUGAUCCAGACGUAUAUCCCCUGCAUAAUGACAGUAAUCCUCUCUCAAGUGUCCUUCUGGAUAAAUAAGGAAUCAGUCCCAGCACGGACUGUUUUUGGCAUUACCACAGUCCUGACUAUGACGACACUCAGCAUCAGUGCCCGCCACUCUCUCCCCAAGGUCUCAUAUGCAACUGCGAUGGACUGGUUCAUUGCCGUCUGCUUCGCCUUUGUCUUCUCUGCCCUCAUCGAGUUCGCCGCAGUCAACUAUUUCACCAAUGCACAGAUUGAGAGGGCCAAGAGGAAGCCUGGAAAGUGCCCCCCCGUACCCCAAAGCACUCCUGUCAAGGUGAACGACACAGAGGAACUGCAGCAGCAGAUUCCCGGCACCAACGGCUCCUUGAGAAAGAGAAUGAAUAACAUUUCCCACCAAGAUCCAACCAGUCAGCUGAGAGCCCAGUCCACCACCAACAUUUCAGGACUGGGGAGAGGAAGGCAGCUCAGACCUUUAGCCGGCGGAGCCAAUGGCAGCUCCUCCACUCUGUCCCGCUCCAGCCCCAAGUCUGAGAGCCUGCUGAGCGUGGCUUCCUCCUCCGCCCAGCUGGUGAAGGGUACACCUCAACCCGCAGCCUCCACCCCCGACGUGAUGGGUGGGACACCUAGCAGGCAAGCCGAUGGCCCCGCAUCUCUGCAACAACUUCUGGGGCCCAAGUUGGAGCGCAUCCAGAUGAUGGGGAACAAACUGGAGCCGAAGCAGACGCCAUGCUCUCAGCCAACCACUGCUGGCAUGGGUGGAACCAGUAAAAUUGACAAAUACGCACGGAUCCUGUUUCCAGUGUCCUUUGGUGCAUUUAACAUGGUCUACUGGGUGGUGUACCUGUCCAAAGACACAAUGGUGACCAAAGGAGGCUAGAUCUGGCAGUGUUUCCUCUAACAUGGAUACAACAGUAAAAUUUGCUCAUCCAUCAAAGGUGGAUCCUGGAGGAACACAUUCGCAGUGCAUUCGUUUUGCUCUCGCCGAGGGACCACAGGCAUGGAAACAAAUCCUUAUAAAUUAAAACGAGCUGACUCACCUUUAAGAAAGAGCGUCUGCACUUUGGAGUACCCCUCUGUCCUCUUCCUGUUUUAUAUCGACUCAUCUGAUUGUAAAGGUCUGCCACUGCCUCGGGAUCCAUUCAGCCUGGAGAAAGCGUGGGGAUUUGUCAUUUUUCCUAUUUUUAUACCCUGCACCUGUCUGGAUGUUUGGAUAUAUAUCAUCAUUAGGAGCUGGACCUCAACAACGAUGUAAAAUAUAUAUAAAUAUAUAUAUAAAUAUUUAUUUAUUAGGUUUAACAGAUUUAUAUUUAAUGUAAAAAAGGAGUAAAAAUUAGGUUUAAGGAUUUAUGACAAACCUA